AUGCAGAGCAAUCAGAUUUCAGGGCUCAGCAGUCGGACCUCCUCCACAACAACCUUGGACAGAGAGCCAAGUGGAUCUACUGCGAGACCACAAAUUGCCCCUUCAUUCAAAAGGGGCUCUCUUUCAUGUGGGACGCCAAGUCACUGCGCAAGCUCAUUGGGCAGCCAGGAGUCCCUCCAAACUGGGUUUUGCUCUUCAGCAGAUCGCAGAGGAAGCUGGGAGAGAGCGCAUAUCGCAGAGGCCCCUAACAAGGUGCAGACUCAGUUCAGCAAUCUGUCCCCGGUGAAAAUCGGUUGGCUGCCAAUCCAAAGACGAGUGAUGAAGGUUUCCGGUGCCAGUGACCAAUCUUCGGAUGUCUCUCCUGGUCUGGUCAAACUGAAGCAACCCAUCACUCCUAUGAUACAAAUUGGGCGUGCAACAAACAGCAUAUGUCAAGGUACUGAGGUGGGGAGAAGUGACUCCAGACACGGCGCCACUAGUGGAAGGACAUGGCUGACACCGGAUCAAGGAUCUACUAUAGUUAAACAGGUGCCAGAGAAGCAAUGCUCUACUUAUCAUGAAGUCAACAAACCUGUGGGUUGGCAAGCUCUGAGGAGAGGCUUUAAAAUCAGCCGACAGCCAAGUGUCACAACAGCCAGUCCAGCUGCAGCGUCCAGUUUAGACCAGCAGAAGGAGCGUCAGUGUACAGACGAACCCAACAAGUCCCCUGCCCUCCUGCAGUCACCAGUUAGUCCAGUGUCACAGACAUCUCUCCGCAGUGGUCAGCCGUUAAGAGCUACGGGUCCAGUUUGUGUGUCCAACAGCGGCUCAGCUGUGACUACCAUUGUACCCCAACGCAAAGGCAGUUUCUCCUCCAUCACCAUUAGUUCAAGAAAGGUCAGCCGAUCAGCCAGUCUACCUGGAUCGGACAGCUCUUGCUAUAAAAACUCAGAUUCUAAUUCCCAGAAGUUCACCAUGCAGAGAAAUGCUACCAUAGUUAAAGUGACGGAGCAAAGGACCAUUGAGGAAAGAGUUCCACCACUGAAUUCUUUGGACACAGUGGUUCAGAGAAGAAAGGCAACUAUAAUCAAAGUGACCGAGCACAGGGAAAGCUACAGUCCAGCCAGCGGUAGAAAUGGUACCAGGCACCCUGCCUACAGACACAGCUAUACAGAAGGCAGCCACAACAAUAUACAGAGUAAUGCUGCAGUACCGUAUCACAGAGUGGACUUCUCAGAGAAGUCAAGCGACUCUGUAGCACCAUACUCCCCAGGGCUGGUAAAAAACAGUGACCGACUGCACACAUCCACCAUCAGUGUUUUUGUCAACAACCCUCCGGCAAUCGCUGCACCAGUAAGAGAAGUCACUCCAAGCCCAAUGAGAUCAGCAAGACCUGCUAGCUGCUACGGCAGUGUGUUGGAGCCACAAACCGAGCAUGGUAAACAUCCUCUUGUCAGGAAAUGGAGCUUUGAAGCCCCUGAAGUUACAAGCAAUCCUGAGAACCCUGGAAGAAAUUUUGUCAAAUCUGAAGCGAGUCCAGUGGUGGUCGACGGAACCUCCACUUACCAACGUGACAAACCAUUCUUACCUCAGACAGAUGACGUGCUGAAGAGAUCAUCUCCAAACCUGACUCCUGUCAAGGUUUCAGAUCCCCAAACACCUCAGUCUCCAGAGGACAUUCUUGCCCUCAAUGCGGCAGCUGUCAUCGCCAGUAUCAAACAGCUCAGCAGUCAGAGGAAGAAAACAAAUCUGAUCAGUUCUGAGAGGGACUCCAACGCAUCGCCCAGGGGAAAUAUUGGUAUCAUUGCUCCCACAUUCCCUCAGAAGUCCCAUUAACUAAA